GGGGCGGCUCCAAGUUGGCGGAGCCACCGGGACCCCCGGACUCCUCCGCGGCCGCCCGGGAGGGGCGGAGAGGCGAGCAGGGGAGGGGGAGCCGCCCGGCCGCCGGUGCCGCGCCCCAGCCCCUGCCCCUGCCCCUGCCCGCGGCCGCACCAUGCGCGCCCCGCCGGCGUGAUCGGCCCCGCCCGCAGCCUCCCCGCAGCCUCCCCCGGCGCUCUCGCCGGCCACACCGAGCGGCGCCCGGGAGCUAUGAGCCAUGAAGCCGCCCGGCAGCAGCUCCCGGCGGCCGCCCCGCGCGGGCUCCAGCCGUCCCCGCGCCUCCCGCGGCCCCCGCGGCGGCCCCGCCGGCCCGGUGCCCGCCCGCGCGCCGCCCUGCCGCCUGCUCCUCGUCCUUCUCCUGCUGCCUCCUCUCGCCACCUCGUCGCGGCCCCGCGCCUGGGGGGCGGCUGCGCCCAGCGCUCUGCAUUGGAAUGAAACUGCAGAAAAAAAUUGGGGAGCCCUGGCAGAUGAAGACAACACAUCACAACAGAAUAGCAGUAAUAUCAGUUACAGCAAUGCAUUGCAGAAAGAAAUCACACUGCCUUCAAGACUCAUAUACUACAUCAACCAAGACUCGGAAAGCCCUUACCAUGUUCUUGACACAAAGACAAGACACCAGCAAAAACACAACAAGGCUGUCCAUCUGGCCCAGGCAAGCUUCCAGAUUGAAGCCUUUGGCUCCAAAUUCAUUCUUGACCUCACACUGAACAAUGGUUUGCUGUCUUCUGAUUAUGUGGAGAUCCAUUAUGAAAAUGGGAAGCCACAGCACUCUAAGGGUGGAGAGCACUGUUACUACCACGGAAGCAUCCGAGGUGUCAAAGACUCCAGGGCAGCUCUGUCGACCUGCAAUGGACUUCAUGGUAUGUUUGAAGAUAAUACCUUUGUAUAUAUGAUAGAACCACUGGAGCUGAUUCACGAUGAAAAAAGCACAGGUCGACCACAUAUAAUCCAGAAAAGCUUGGCAGGACAAUAUUCUAAGCAAAUGAAGAAUCUCAGUCUGGAAAGCAAUGACCAGUGGCCCUUUCUGUCUGAAUUACAGUGGUUGAAAAGGAGAAGGAAGAGAGCAGUGAAUCCAUCUCGUGGUGUGUUUGAAGAAAUGAAAUAUUUGGAACUUAUGAUUGUUAAUGAUCACAAAACGUAUAAGAAGUAUCGCUCUUCUCAUGCACACACCAAUAACUUUGCAAAGUCCGUGGUCAACCUUGUGGAUUCUAUUUACAAGGAGCAGCUCAAUACCAGGGUUGUCCUGGUGGCUGUAGAGACCUGGACUGAGAAGGAUCAUAUCGAGAUCACCACCAACCCUGUGCAGAUGCUUCAUGAAUUUUCCAAAUACCGACAGCGUAUCAAACAACAUGCUGAUGCUGUGCACCUCAUCUCGCGUGUGACAUUCCACUAUAAGAGAAGCAGUCUGAGUUACUUUGGAGGUGUCUGUUCUCGCACAAGGGGAGUUGGUGUGAAUGAGUAUGGUCUUCCAAUGGCAGUGGCACAAGUAUUAUCGCAGAGCCUGGCUCAAAACCUUGGAAUCCAAUGGGAACCUUCUAGCCGAAAGCCGAAGUGUGACUGCACAGAAUCCUGGGGUGGCUGCAUCAUGGAGGAAACAGGGGUGUCCCAUUCCCGAAAGUUCUCAAAGUGCAGCAUUUUGGAAUAUAGAGACUUUUUACAAAGAGGGGGUGGAGCCUGUCUUUUCAACAGGCCGACAAAGCUAUUUGAACCCACAGAAUGUGGAAAUGGAUAUGUGGAGGCUGGGGAGGAAUGUGACUGUGGUUUAUUACAUGUGGAAUGCUAUGGAUUAUGCUGUAAGAAGUGCUCUCUGUCCAACGGGGCCCACUGCAGCGACGGGCCCUGCUGUAACAGUACCUCAUGUCUCUUUCAGCCACGAGGAUAUGAAUGUCGGGAUGCUGUGAAUGGGUGUGAUAUUACUGAAUAUUGUACUGGAGACUCUGGCCAGUGCCCACCAAACCUUCAUAAACAAGAUGGUUAUGCAUGCAAUCAAAAUCAGGGCCGCUGUUAUAAUGGGGAAUGCAAGACCCGGGACAACCAGUGUCAGCACGUCUGGGGCACGAAGGCUUCUGGGUCUGACAAGUUCUGUUAUGAGAAGCUGAACACAGAAGGCACGGAGAAGGGAAACUGUGGGAGGGAUGGAGAUCGCUGGAUCCAGUGCAGCAAACAUGAUGUGUUCUGUGGGUUUUUACUCUGUACCAAUCUUACUCGAGCUCCACGAAUUGGUCAACUUCAGGGUGAGAUCAUCCCAACUUCCUUCUACCAUCAAGGCCGAGUGAUUGACUGCAGUGGUGCUCAUGUGAUUUUAGAUGAUGAUACAGAUGUGGGCUAUGUAGAAGAUGGAACGCCAUGUGGUCCAUCCAUGAUGUGUUUAGAUCGGAAGUGCCUACAGAUUCAGGCCCUAAAUAUGAGUAGCUGCCCACUUGAUUCCAAGGGUAAAGUCUGUUCAGGCCAUGGGGUGUGUAGUAAUGAAGCCACCUGCAUCUGUGAUUUCACCUGGGCAGGGACUGACUGCAGUAUCCGGGAUCCAGUUAGGAACCUUCACCCGCCCAAAGAUGAAGGACCCAAGGUGAACAUGGCCACAAGCAGACUAAUAGGUGCUGUGGCAGGCACCAUUCUGGCUCUGGGGGUGAUUUUUGGAGGCACAGGGUGGGGAAUAGAAAAUGUCAAGAAGAGGAGGUUCGACCCUACUCAGCAAGGCCCCAUCUGACUCCGCGGCACUGGGUGAGCGGUGCCUCGUGCUGUUGGAUCCUGGGUGUGACAUACUCACAGCACUGUUGCCGGAAGUGUUGAGUCUGUAACCAAGACCACUGGGUGAUAAUGACCACAGAGCUGAAGUUGGGGGAUGGGGAUGGGCUAAAAGGAAACUGUCAUUCUGGGAAAUAAUUUCAAAGAACCCCUCUCACCACCUGUCAAUAAAAGGGGAUAAAAGACAAUAUUAUAAAAGAACUAUUUCCGAAUCUUUUUUUUUCUAACUAAAGGAAGAAGGAACAAUAACAAAAAAUGAAGUGCAAUAAAAGAACCAUUAAAAAAUAGCAAAUGAUUUUUUUUCUUUCCUCAGCCUGCUGGCACUUAAUAUCUUCUAAAUGAUUUGGCAUGAUUUUUUUUUUCUUUUCCUACCAAUGACACACUCCAGUGGCAUGAAGAUCUAAUUUUCGAAAGGGUAAAAUCUGCAUGGCAUAUAUACAACAAGCAGCUAGCAAGCCAAUCCGCAGCAAAACUUGCAACUGAAUUCCUAAGGUGAGGAUGAGCGAUGAACACAUGGAGGCUGCCUGGCCCUCACCCCCGAGUCUAGACCGGGCCACGAGAGACUCCACAGACCCCUGCUCUCCUUGAGUCACUUUCCCAUUGUGUGUUUUCCUGGACCAAGCAUCCUUUGGAAAUGGGAACUGGAAUUUGAACAAUGAUGCUAUUGUAUAGUUCUUUUAUAAAUGUAAAUAUGGAAAUAAGAGAUUUUGACACAUCAUUUUCACUUGUCUGUACUGAAAUAUUUUUCUUGUAAAGGUUCUCUGUAGAUUUGAGUUUAUUGUUUGCUCCCCAUCUUUUGGGUUCUUUUUGCUGUUUUUUCUCUCUCUCUUCUCUGGUAACAUAUUGUUCAGUGAUUUGGGGGCUUGCUUAAAAAAGACAGAUGUAGCCACAGAUACAGGGAGUUUGGACACAAAACAGGUGCAAUUUAAAAAGGAAAUACCUGAAUGAAAUGCUUAAAACCAAAAAUAAGCAAAAGUGGGGGGUGGGAGUGGGUCUGGUGGUACACAAACAACUAAAUAACCCAUAUUAAAAACACAAAAAUUAUGUAAAUGCAAAUAUAUGUACUAACAAGUCUAAAAUUUUUUUGAUGUUAUUAUAAAUGUAUGUAUAUAAUGUAAGAAAGUAGACACCCUCUCGAAUUAAUCACAGAAGUGCCAAGCUCAUGAUUUUGGUUUUUGGUUUUGACAGUUUUCUUUCCCUGUCUUCAAUGUGAAAGGAGGAUAAACUUAAAGCCUUAAAUUAAAAAAAAAAAAAAAAACUUUUAAAUGUUAAAAACUUGGGGAAAAAGUUAAGCUUUCCAUUUUAUUUGUAUCUAUUAUUGUCAACAUUUCGUUCAUGUUUCUUCUUCCUGCCUCAAAAUACAUUUGGUAGAACCCCACUGGCAAACCGGUAAUGGACACCGAGGUAGCAGUUGCCUUCUUGCGAGUGUUGCCUUCGUAGGCUUUAAGUCUGUGUGUUGUGUUUCCAACAAAUCUCAUUGGUCCCACAGUGUGGUGUGUGGAAUGUUCUAGAUUGUGAUGGGAUUCUACUGUUCACAAAAUCAUGAUCUUCUCUUGCCUUCAGGCAGAUGUGCAGAUGUAAUCUGGGUUCCCAAGUCCCUUCGAGUUUGCUUCACUGGCAUCGAUUUCUUCUUCCAUUUAUGACAAGAUAGCUUCUAUUCAAGUGUUAAGUAUAUACAUUAAUAAAUUUGGUCCUGACUUGGUUUUGAUUGUAGAACCUAGUACGUGAGUCCUUCAGUGAGCACCCAUUUAUAGAGAGGAGCUUUCCCGAAGGCCCCCAGAAAGCCCACACUUCUCCAACAUCCUCUUUUCAGGAACAGGACACGCAAUCCUGCUGUUCACCUCAUGACCACCAAAUGAGUUGCUAGAUUUAGCUUUAGGUCCCUUUUCAGCAAGAGUCAUGACACCAGUGUCACAAUUUUUGCUUUGAUUUUGGAAAGGAUUAUGUGCUAAAACUACUACUUAAAACCGUGAGGUUAUUUCCAGGUGUAUUUAAUCAUGGAAGUGUCACAAUCAUAGAGCAGAAACCUCAAUUUUGGUAUGCCCCAGUAGAUCAUAACCUAACCUCUUAAUCCUGUUACUGCUUUCUGAGUACUAGGUGCUACCCAGGUCUGCAGUCUUUCUCUAGAACUAGCUGUAUAUUUAUAUUGGAAAAACAGGGCUAUCUACAGGGUUUAUCAGCCUUAUUCUUGGCUCCAUAAGACACAGGUUGUAACCCUUCGCCUAGUGGUGAUGGUUCUUUCAACCCAGAGGAAACUCAGAUUACUUGGCAUCUCUUCCUAUCACUGUAUUGUUUAUGUCCUUGUUGUUGGAUCCUACUCACUAGCGGAUUCCGAGCUGUUACUGAGUACACCAUAUACAUUUCACUGCUCUUCCAGAGGCACCACGGUGACUUAACAAAAACAAAACCAUGAUGGUUACAAAACAAGUUAAAUCUCUAUUAUUAACUUUUGAGCAUUUCACAAACAACAUUGUAAGUGUGCGAUGUUACGUUUUAAAUCAGACCACAGUGGUCCCCAAAUAUGUACAUAAUGGCAAAUGUCAGUGUAACUUUUUGUUACACUGGCAGUUUCAUAGGUAACCAGACCUAUGUUCCAAUGUUAAAUUAUCUGUGUGUAUAUGUAAAAUACACAAGCUUUAAGCUAUGUGUGUAUGAAUAGGAAAGAAAGGUAAUGCAACCAUACCAACCGUAAACAAUGGAUUAUAAUUAUUGUUGGUGGUAUUGGGUUAUGUCGUUUCGAACUCUUUGCUGUAUUUUCUCUUGCACAUGCCAUUCAUUUGCUGAUUUUCGUGGUGAGAAUAGUCCUUUUUAUUAAUUUGAGCUCAUACAAGCGUAUCACCAUCCUAAUGUUACCCAACAAGAGUUAGCGUUAAGUGAUGACGAGUUCCCAUUUCAUCCGCUAUUCUUUGCUGCAUUAAUUAAUGACACCUGGAUGAGGAGGUGUGCGCUAACUUCAUUGCUCACCUGGGACACUGCAUGAGCCCACUGAAUUAGUGCUACUCCUAUUAGCUAAAUGAGCAGUACACAUAGGUGCAUGUUAUGAAACAUGAAUCACGUAGAGCCGUGGAGUUUUACCAAGUAUGUUUUUUGUUUUCAUUUUCGUUUUUACUAUGCAAAGAUGGGAAAUGCACAAACUUUUCAAAGACUCUAGUGUCCGAAGAACUUUACAAACAAUACUUGAACCUUUCUUUAAAGUCAUCCCAUCAUAUUUUACAGUCAUUGUUGCUUCCACUGUUAAUUUUCAUCUCCAGAUGGUUUGUAAUUUUUUAAGUGUACAACCUGAAGUUUUGUUUGAAGUUAAUAAAUUCAUUCAUAAUCUCGUUGGCUGCCUAGGAAUGGAGAUUCAGUAGUCAUUGUAUGCACUGUAUGCGUCAAGUGUGUAUAAAAUCUUUGUUAACAUAGAAUGUUGUCACUUUAAACUUGGAUCAUUUUUCUCAGGCCCCCUUUCUUGUGUUAUCUUGUGUUGUUGAUUAAAUGGCCAUGUGCCUGAUUUCAAGAGUUUUAGCACGGGCUUCUCAAUCAAAGGCUCACUGAAAAUUUAAGCAGUCAAUGGAGCAAAAUAAAAUCUCUGAUGAAUGAUAAACAUA